UGUGGGAGGCUCGGCCGCGCUCCUCGCUGGGAUGGAUUACGCCAAGUCCCUGAGUCUGCGCCUAGCUGACCCCAUCUCCAGGUGCGUCUCCGCAAGCGCCUCCAUGACCCAGCAGCUGCUGUCGAGCCCAGCGCCGCGGCCCCGGCCCUACCGCGUCUGCAACUGGGACCGCAGCCUGCGCAAGGGCGUCAUGGCACGGAGCCUCGACGAGCUGCUGCGCGAGGUUCAGAGCGCCCUGCUCGCGCCGGGGCCCGUCUCGCUGGUCCUGGAUGAGGACGGCACGGCUGUGGAGACGGAGGCUUUCUUCCAGACGCUGGAGGAGGGCACGGUGUUCAUGGCCCUGAGCAAGGGGCAGACGUGGUGCGCCUCCAAGACACCGGGCUACCAGCUGAGCCUGUCCCACAAGCCGCGCCGCAGGAUCGACGUGGCUUGCAUCACCUUCGACCUCUACAAGACCAGCCCCAAGGACCUGGGCUGCCUCAACGUCAAAGCCACCCUCUACGGCACCUACAGCAUGUCCUACGACCUGCGCUGCUACGGGGCCAAGCGGCUCAUGAAGGAAGCUCUGCGCUGGACGCUCUUCACCAUGCAGGCCACGGGCCACGUGCUGCUGGGCACCUCCUGCUACAUGCAGCAGCUCCUGGAUGCCACGGAGGAGCCCAAGGAGGAGCACGCGGAGAGAGCCCCGGCCCUGCAGAGCCUCCUGCCCCGCAGCCUCCCGCCCCUGCCCUGCAGGAAGACCCUGCGAUGAGGGCUCGGCGCUCCAGGGAUGCGCCUCUCGUCCCUCCGAGGUCACUGCACGGGGGGAGGCUGCCUGCACCCCGCUCUGGCACCUGCACCCGUUUCCCUCCCCACGCACCUCUUCGGCUUGGCGCAACCAGGGCGGCUGGAAUCUGCCUGGACGCUUCUCCCUUGCACGUUGCUGGCUGAACAUGGCCAGGUCUUCUGUGGUGUCUGCUACUCUGUAAAUAUAUUUAUUUAAGUAAAGCUCUAUAUACUCCA